AUGGAUCCACUCACGCUUGAUCCGAAUGCAGAAUUUGCAUGUGUGUGCUUGUCCACAGUAUCUUGCAAAGUUUUCUAUUUCUGCUUUUUUUUUCACCAGAAAGAAACACCGCUCGCCAAUGCUGCAUUUUGGGCUGCAAGGGAAGGAAAGCUGAACAGUGGGCGAGUAGAUGUGGACUGCAAAGACAGUCUUGGCACAACAGCUCUGAUGGUAGCCUCUUACUAUGGCCACAUAGAUUGUGUUCGGGAAUUGGUGUUGCAAGGAGCAGAUAUCAAUCUGCAGAGAGAGUCAGGUGCAACUGCUCUGUUCUUUGCUGCACAGCAAGGCCACAAUGACGUAGUGAAGUUUCUCUUUGAAUUUGGAGCCUCCACUGAAUUCAAGAAUAAAGACGGAGGCACUGCUCUUUUAGCAGCUUCUCAGUACGGGCAUGCAAAAGUAGUGGAAACUCUGUUGAAGCACGGUGCCAACAUUCACGAUCAACUUCACGAUGGAGCUUCUGCAACUUUCUUGGCAGCACAAGGAGGCUAUCUGGAUGUCAUCCGAUUGCUGCUGUCUUCAGGAGCGAAGGUCAACCAGCCACGGCAGGAUGGGACGGCACCCUUGUGGAUUGCAUCGCAGAUGGGUCACAGUGAAGUGGUUCGGGUGAUGCUGCUCCGGGGAGCUGAGCGAGACGCUGCACGGGAUGAUGGUACAACUGCUUUACUGAAAGCUGCCAUUAAAGGAUACAACAAUGUGAUAGAAGAGUUAUUGAAAUUCUCUCCCACACUUGGCCUGCUGAAGAACGGGACCACUGCUCUCCACGCAGCCGUUCUCAGUGGCAACGCCAAGACGGUAGCUCUGCUAUUAGAGGCAGGAGCGGACCCGUGCCUGAGGAACAAGGCAAAUGAGCUGCCAGCAGAACUCACAAAAAAUGAGCGCAUCCUCCGACUCCUCCGCACAAAGGAAAAGCAGAAGAAAAGCUCAUGCAGCUCUUUAGCAAAUGCAGUUUGACAGAGAUGUACCCUGUCCAACGCUAGCAUGAAAGUAAACCUAGCCCGCCUGAGCAGAGUUUGUUGGAUCAGUUUGCAGAAUUGAUUAGCCUCUCCACUCUACGCCCCGCGGACGCGGGAGACCUUUGCCAUAGUGUUGCCGCGCACGAAGGACUCCACCUGGCACCGUUGAACUCUGAAGGACUGCAAUGAGAGCAGGAUUUGGCCUGAAAGCUGUGUCUGCACUACAGCCCUGACGAUACUCCAGGAUCCCACCGGUCCCAGCACCAAUGUUAGCUCCUCCGUGCCCGCGGCGUGCGCAUCCCCGCGCACACAGGGGCUCCCGCCGUUUCGGACACGCACUCCCUAACAACAUGGCUGCACACCUGCACGGGGUCCCUGAGAGCACCUCGGGCACGUGCCGAAGGGGCGCCCCAGAUCUCACAACAGUUUGGAUUCGUUCAGUCCUGGACCAGCCCCACAGUGCUGCCCUCACUUCACUGGCACUGCCAGCUUUGUCGAUUCCUCCGAAACCCCAAGUGCCACAUGAGGCUGGAGGUGACAUCCCACUGAUGAUAUCCCUAUGGGAAAAGUCCUCCUGCCAGCCCAGGGCUUUGAUAACCUUUUGCUUCCUAAAUGGAGCUCCAUAAAAUGAUCCAGAAUAUUACGAAUUAUGCCAAAAGCUGCCAAAUGAAUAAUAGCAAGGUUGUUUCCUCCUCAGUGUAGCACCUGGAUCUAUCGCUCUGUGCAGCAAGAGAUAGCGGGGCAGUUGGCAGCAGUUUGUAACAUGUAACUAGCUCUGUGGGAUGCAUCCUCAGCCCUGCAGUGUUUGCAUGAGCAUUUCCAUGCGCCAGGGAGGACCGGUUACUGAGCAAACCAGCCAGAGCAUAUCAUUCACUGGCACAAAUACUCCAGAAACUCGGCCGUCAGACACGACAGUGCAGAUGCUAUGCAAGUAUCUGAUGUACAUUCUCCACACACAUAUAUGUGACACUAUGGUUUAGUAUCCACAGCCACUAUGCAACGCGGUUGUUCCUGAGGACGCUGAUUGGGUAUAAAGAAGUGCGCAGUAUACAGGUGUUUCAACAGCUGGUGAGAGCAUUACAUGUAGCCACACUCUAGAACAGGCCCAUUAAUUAAUACAGGCAUGGAAAAUGAACUCAAUAGCAGUUUUGGCCUUUGUGGUGGUUGAGAUGCUUAAAAUAGACAUGGUUGUUACUAGUGCCUGUGUUGGAAAGGCAGUGCAAGUUGUUAAGGUUUUGCAAGGAGCUGUGUUUCGACUAUGUUGCUGUAACACACUCCAUCAAUCCCAGUAGCUUCUGCAGUAUAAAUAUAUACUAAGUCUUGUUAGCCACAAACACAUUAGGGAUUAUUGUUCCAUACAAUGCUAGUUCAGUACACAGAUUCAGGCACUUUACCUGCCUCCAAACUGUGGCAAGUUACUGAAAAGUUGCUUAAGAAAUUGAGGACAAAGAAGAUUGUGAGGGAACGUAAAAUGUUCCCCGUUUAAAACAUGUCUGUCUAGGCUUCAGCUGAAUUGUGGUGCUUUUGCUUUGGGAAGUCAAAAAAGAAAAUUAGUGAGCUAGUGCAAAUUAAUGUAGUUUACUUCCAUGCCAAUUAGCCAUAUCUAUUUUCUGUGAGUAAGUUACGUAAGAAAUCAUGGUUCUGAUGAAGAGAACAGAAGUGGACAUACCUUUGCUCACGAGCUACGAUUGCUAUUGAAUGUCUAUUCAGCAUUAGAAAGGAAAACUUUAAGUUUUCCAAUGACAAUAUAAGGAUACACCAGAAAAAUCUAUUUGUUAAAGUAAUUCACACUGUUGUAUUUUUAAAUUAAAAUAAUGUUGCACCUAACUGAAACUUGCAGACAAAGUGGUAUAGAACCAAAGAAUUAUGCAAGUGCUGAGAGGAUGAUAGUAUUUAGGGUAUGUAGGUUUAAUUCCACAAAAUCCUGAGCAUGCAGAAGUCUCAAGAGCCUUAUUGGGAACUUAAGUUGCACAUCAUUUUACCGGACUAGACUCUAACUUCUUUAUCAAACAACACUGGAGAAGGCUUGGUCCUUCUCCCUUGAGUUUCUUCAGAUCAACAGCUGGAAACAACCACACUCUUCAGAUGAACAGCUCUUUCAGUUGUAAAGCAGGAGGAUAAGGUCUUCAGUAGCCAGACAUGCCGAGUGAGCAAUAAAUACUCUCAAUAUCAGAUGGGUUGUAAUGAUCAAGCCGUCCUCCCAGAGAAAUGUAGAGGCAUCCACUGUUGGUUAAGGUCCCCUAUUUUUUCUUGAUGGCAGAGCACAGAAGAGAGGAUAGGGAAAGCCAGCAGCGGCCCCGUGAUGGCUGGAGUAAGCAAAUUGAGAUAGCAACAUUCAGGUGGCUGCAGGCUGCUGCUUCCGUCUGCCAGGACGUGGCAUGUUUUCUUGUGAGAGUGGUCUCACCCAAGAGAGGCAGCUACUCAGCAGAGGGUGUCUUCUUGAACUAUGCCUGUCUGUGAGAAAAUGCAUGUCUGCUCCCUGCCACUUACAGUAGGACUUUCUAAGUCCUGUCUCCAGUUGCCUCCAUGACUGGCUACCGCAGCCUGGGCUCUAAUGCAACAGGUGAACAUCUGGGAUGCCAGUUCCCAUAGGGAGGCCCUGCCGGCCUUCUUCUAAAUGGGUAGCAUAUGCUAGUACUGGGAGGACAGAGUUACCAGGACCCUUUUUUUGGAGCAACAUUGGGCUAUAACUGGCUUUUUUUUCUUUCUAAACAGAAUUUAAAAUGUGGGGCUAGCACAGGUUGAAGGGAGAGGCCUGUAGCUCCCUCUUCAGUCUCAGUGCUGGCAGAUGUGUGAUGCACAGGUGGACAGCAGUGCCUGGUAGCAAAGCCUCACUCUGCAGUGUUCAGACUGAAGCUGAAUCUGGCUCUAGUUACGAGAAUAUUCAGCCUGCUUGGGAGUUUUAGGAAGGGAGGCCUUCCCACUAUUGGGAGUGUUUCUUUCCUCUCAGAACCUUUGAAGAGAGGGCUGUUUCUGGCUUACAGUGCUGUGUAACCAAAAGGUGCUUAUUCUGCCUGUCAGCGGGCUUGGAAGUUGCAAUACCAUUUCUCACCAUGCAGUUAACCUUUUCACAAAGAAACCUUAAUAAUUCUUAGUGUUUACGUAGCCACCGUCAUCUUUAAAGUGCUCAGUAAAUAUCACUGUGGUUUGUUUGUUGUUCCAAAGAGGAAGCCUGCUUUUCCUUCUUGGCUUAAGUGAUUCAUUAAUAUUAACAGUAGUUCUGUGCAUAGUUGUAGUGCCUUUUGCGCAAGGCUUUCAAAGCGCUCUACAGACACUAUUAGCUUUGCAAGUUCCAAAAUACAUUUCUGAAGGGGCGUAGGGAAAUAUAUUAUUUCAAUUGCACACCAGUGAAAUGCAGCAACUGUUCAUCAGUUCAUGUCAACAGAAGAAAAGAGUAAAUCGAGGCCAGAAAUGAAGGGGCACCAAAUCCAUUUCAUAGACAGCAGGAUAGCACGUAGCACGUAAUGACAUGAAAUAGAACUAGAAUAGGAAAAUUGGCCAAAGUGUUUUUUCAAAACGUGCCAUAUAUACAUAUAUUUCACACAAACACAGCAGCUCCAGUAGCACAGUGCUUUUAGGCUGGCUUCUCUGCAUGUUAAAAUCCAGGCGCCCAGCCUACCGUCUCCUCUGCCUGAGACUUACUUACGCUGGUCCUGUAGCCUGGUAAUUUCCUAUCAGCUGCAAGUGCGUGUAAAGUAUGUGCAAGCAAGAACAAGUUACAUGAGUCAAGGAAAAGUACAGAGCAUCAUUCCUUUAUUUCAUGGAUAUCGAGCCAUUGUAGGAUGGGGACAAGCGCAAGGGAAGGCCAGUGGCGGGUAGA